AAACUAAUAGAAUUUGAGAAAAUGUUUAGAAAAUUAAAAAUGCUUGGAUUGGUUUCAGUGGUGGGCCUAAUCUCCAGCUUAGGAUUCAUCCAUGCAACUCAAACCAAGAUGGAUUCUAUUAUUGGGCAGUGCCUCUCCACAAACGAGGCUUGUCUGAAUACUGGAGAAAAAUAUUUUAUUGGAGAGUUUAAUGAAACAUUCAACACUAUCGGAUGCUCAGAGAGAUGUGAACAGGAUCUGGAGUGCAGCGUUUGGACCUGGUGGGGGGAACAAAAGCUUUGUAUGCUCUUCUCAGGAUGUAUUGGCAGGUUCAACGGAUGUAUUGAUUGCCAAACUGGAAACAGAUCCUGCGGUUUAUCUGAAACCCUGUCCACAGUAGUAUCUGGUGGUCUAGGGUUACCAGCUCAACCAAACCAAUCAGAAGUUACAAUUCUGGGAGAAAAUAUGACGAUUAACAAUCUAGAGAUGCCCAGGAGUAGAUGGGGACACGUGUCUGCUUAUCUAGAGUCUAUGUACUAUGUUUGUGCAGAGUCUUUGUACUAUGUUUGUGCAGAGUCUAUGUACUAUGUUUGUGGGGGAAGUACCGAACUUGAUGGAAAUUUGGCUCCAAAUGAUACUUGUGAUGCUUAUCGGAUAGUUGAUGUAGAAAACAGUGUUGGACGAUGGGAGAGUGUUUCUCCAAUGCUAGAAGCGCGGCAUUCUGCUGCAGCUGUUGAAAUGUUUGGAAGAAUAUUUGUACUUGGUGGACUGGGGAUCGAUGGAGAAUACCUGAAAUCUGUUGAGAUUUAUGAACCUCACAGCAGGAUGUGGGUGUCCGGUCAGAGUAUGACCGUUGGGCUGGUUGGACACUGCGCAGUCGCAGUUCAUGACGGUAUACUAGUCGUAGGUGGACUAGGAGACGGUGGUAUACUGCGAUCAUACGCGGCAUUCUAUAAUGUGACAUCAAACCUAUGGACUUCUUUACCCUCAAUGCGGGUGAAAAGGGCAUACCAUGGAUGUUCAGUACAACUGAAGUCAAUGCCAGAAAAUAAAACUGAUCACGUGGUUGUAGUUACAGGAGGUUUAGGUCAACCUGGUUCUGCUCUACAACAGAAGGAGGAAUCUGUGGCAAUGGACAGCACAGAAAUAUUCUCAUUUGGGAUAAAAAGAUGGAACGAUUUCACUCCUUUACCAGCACCCAGAGCAUUUCAUUCACAAUCAACAAAUAAUCAUAUAAGAUUGUUUGGUGGAGUUGUGAAUGAAAACAUUACAGAUGAGAUCCUAGAACUACGAGGGGAGGAAUGGCAGGUUUCUCACCUAAGGCUGAGAUCAGCGACUAGAAGUGGGUCAGCUUCAAUAUUCCCGAGCGAUUAAACCAGUUCAAAAUAAUCAGAGAUGGAAAUUUAUAAAUGGCAGAGAAGUAUCUAAACUAGGUAUGCCAGGUUAAACUAUUUCUGAAACGAACCUUGUCAGAUGCCUGAUAAAGCUUGGACCAUUUUAUCCUUCCAUCUUCUGAAAAUUAUCUUUUUUCGUUUUCUGAUUUAAUUGUUUUUAUUAUUACUCGAUGUUUUA